AUGCCUUUCAAACCGUUCAAGCCUCCUCUAAUACGAAAGGAUUUGCUAAGUGACGCCCCAUCAAAAGCGACCGAUAACUCCAGCGUUCCACCCCCUUCCAAAAGACCGCGGCUCAACGUCCGCGAAGAUGAGACCGAAAGUAGGAACACGGCAAAGCCGGUAGUCGUCGAUCUGACUCUAUCGGAAGUCGGGAUAGUAAGGAAAAACACCGCGGAAAGACCUCCAUUAGUGAACGUCAAGAACACGCCGGGUGAGACAGAGACGCCGUCAAUGGAAAAUGGCAUCUCUAGCAAUGACGUUGAGGCCUACUAUAACGUUCUCUGGCGCAAGUUCACAGCAAAAAAGCACAAAACCUGGGACGGCGAUGGAAUCCUGGUCAUCCGGGGAGGCUAUGGGUAUCUUCGAGAUGUAUCAGGUCGCGAAAUGGGCCGAAUUGUGAUCAACAAAUUUCUUGAGUCCGGCACGAAUUUGACAAUAGGAGGGAAAGAUGUUGAGAUUGAGUCUGCUAUUUCGAAGAAAGACUACUUAUCAGGGAAGGAAUUUUUGAACAGUACGAGGAAGCCUUCCUCUUCACCUCCAUCUCGAAUCAAACCGUCUUUGGCUUCAAGCCAGGUUGCAAAGUCAAAUGUGCCCACAAGCAGUGAAGGCCCUCUAGACUAUCUGCUCAAGGCGAAUACUGUGAACUCCCAGGGUGGACCGCCGAAGUUAUCGGUGAGACACCUCAACGCUGCAGCCCCUAAAGGCAAUGCUGUUGGCACAGCUUUCAAGAAUCCAUUGAAAGAAACAUCGAGCGCCAAUUUUCAACCGAGUGUCAAAGCCAUUCCCCGUCAUGAUCCCAACGCCCCUGGAGCCUUGGUCAUGAAGCGUCCAAAGACUGCACCAAAAGGACAAACGAUUGUUGACGUUGUAGUCGAUCCGUUUCUAAGUAAACAUCUCCGUGAACAUCAACGAGAAGGAGUCAAAUUUUUGUAUGAAUGUGUCAUGGGACUCAGAGAUUAUAAUGGCGAAGGUGCUAUAUUAGCUGAUGAAAUGGGACUUGGCAAAACUCUUCAGACCAUAACCUUACUAUGGACUUUACUGAAACAAAACCCCAUAUACGAAGCAUCACCUGUGGUGAAGAAAGCAUUAAUCGUUUGUCCUGUCACGCUGAUCAAUAAUUGGAGAAAAGAAUUUCGAAAAUGGCUCGGAAAUGAAAGAAUUGGCGUUUUCGUCUUUGACGACAAACGCAAGAAAUUGACGGAUUUCACCAAGGGAAAGGCUUAUAACAUUAUGAUUGUGGGUUAUGAAAAGCUUCGUACCGUACAAGAAGGAUUACUCAAAGGACAUGGUGUCGAUAUCGUGAUAGCAGAUGAAGGACAUCGACUCAAAACUGUGCAGAACAAAAGUGGCCAGGCUAUACAAGCCUUGAAUACAGCAAAACGAAUCAUACUUUCGGGGACGCCUAUACAAAACGAUCUCAGUGAAUUCUUCGCUGCAGUAGACCUCAUCAAUCCUGGGAUACUCGGCACCUACAAAAGCUUUAUGAAGGAAUUCGAAGGACCCAUCGUUCGCAGUCAGCAGCCCGAAGCCACUAUGAGAGAUAUUGAAAAAGGCGAGGCAAGAGGCGAGGAGCUUCGAGAACUCACUUCCAUGUUCAUUCUGCGGAGGACAGCAGAGAUUCUGUCCAAGUAUCUCCCUCCGAAGACGGAAUACGUGAUACUAUGCAACCCUACAUCUGUGCAAGCAAGUAUCUACCGCCAUGUGCUUGGGUCCCCUAUUUUUCAGAGUGCAUUAGGAAACACGGAAGGAGCAUUUAGCCUUCUUACUAUUUUGAAGAAGCUCUGCAACAGCCCAUCCUUGCUCACUGCAAAGACCGGCGAUGAGCCGCCGAAUGCCACUAUGGAAGCACUGCUGUCUACUUUGACACCAAGCCUACGUCGACAAUUCUCACCUUCAUCGAGUGGGAAGAUCAGAGUUUUAGAUCAGCUGCUUCACAACCUCCAAACAACUACAUCGGAGAAAAUUGUACUUGUUUCCAACUACACCUCGACUCUCAAUUUGCUCGGCAUAUUACUUACUUCUCUCUCUUUACCUUUUCUGCGACUCGAUGGCUCCACGCCCUCGGCCAAACGACAAUCGCUCGUGGAUGAUUUCAACCGAGCUCCUGCAAGUAAAUGCUUUGCGUUCCUCCUCUCCGCCAAAGCGGGAGGCACCGGGCUCAAUCUCACCGGUGCCAGCCGUCUUGUCCUCUUCGACGUAGACUGGAAUCCAGCCACCGAUCUUCAAGCCAUGGCACGAAUUCAUCGAGACGGACAAAAACGGCACUGCUAUAUAUACCGAAUUAUGCUCAAGGGCGCUCUAGAGGAGAAAAUAUGGCAACGCCAAGUCACCAAAAUCGGUUUGGCGGAUAGUGUCAUGGAAUCGAAAUCAAGCAAUAUGGCACAGUUCUCGCGAGAAGAGCUCAAAGAUCUAUUUCGACUCUAUGAAGACAAGGGCUGUCAAACCCAUGAAUUGCUGAAUUGCAAAUGUGGUGGAAAGGGUAUCCCUCCAUCACCAUCUCCUGCGCCUUCUGCUCCAGUCCAUAUAUCACUCUUAGACGAAGACGUAGGCAAAGACGAUGAAGCUGACAAGAGUGAACUGCUCGAAUCUCUUGCGACAACGCCUGAGAAAGUGCGAAGCGUAUCACCCUUCUGGAAAGACGAGGAACUAUCCGACAGUGAAGACAUCGACUUCCCCGACCUGCACACCUUAACAAAAGCUUCAAAAGUCAACAUUGAAGAACAAGAAGAUCAAAUCAAGCGUGGCAAGCACACUCUUCAGCAAAAUUCCAAGCUGAGAAAGACAAAUACAAAGACGAAUGCAACAAAAUCGAAAUUGCUAUCAAACCGUAAACGAAAAACCAGAAAUGACGACGCCGAUGCCGACGGAGAUGAAGCAGUCUCAACCGAACAAAGCAAAAUCCAGCGCUUCCUCGCUGAAUAUGCACACAUCGAUCCAGCUGCUUUUCCCUCCACUAGCGGAGACAAUAAUGUCGAUGAAGACAACGUCGACGAUAUAAAAAACCACAUUGACGACCCGAUUCUACAAGCCCUACUCGCCGAUGAGGAUCAUGGGAUUGGAUUCUUGUUUCAGAAGACUGCUUUUCCGGCCUCGGCUAGUCCUGCGCCUCCUGCUGAUGAUAAUACAGAAGCUUCAGCGUGA